UUUUAAAUGCAAACAUGUUUUGUUCAGACAUGUUUACAACCAAACAAACAACAAUUAUCUAUGUAAUCUAAUCACAUGAAGCUUGAAAUUUGAUGUACAGAAACGUGAUAUUACAUGAACUAUUAUUUCGCAAAGGGAAGUGCAAUGCGCAUGGUUGUAAAAGCGAAACAGGAAGUCUUCCUUUAAGGAUAUAAGGACUUUUUUUGUGGCGACGGAGGAGAGUCGAAAUAAGAUUGGGCACAAUCAACAGCUCUAGUGGUUAUUUCGUUUUAAACGGCUCAAUGAGCUCCUUCAGCAAUCAAGGUCUUACUGCCGACAAAAUAAACAAUAGCAACUUCAACUUCACAGAGUUAGAAGAUUGCAGAGUAACAGAUGUGCAGCGGAUAAAGACUCCACCACAACCACCACAACCACGACCUUGGAGAAAAACUCCUGAAUGGAAUAAAAAGUAUCUCGAGACGCUUACCGAGGACAUCAUAUCGUUCAAACCCUCCGGAGAGUUGGGACUUUCAGAUGUCCGUAUCCUGAUGCAAGGUCCAGUUGGUAUGGGAAAGUCCAGCUUCUAUAACACCAUCAACUCGGUGUUCAAGGGCCGUAUCUCGCAAAGUGCACCUUGUGGGGUUGCUAAAAGUGGCAUAACAAUUGCGUACACCCCAUAUGUAGUAAAUGUGAGAUCUGGAGAAUCUUUGAAAUUCCGACUCUGUGAUACACGUGGUCUAGAAGUCACUCAUGAUCUUGAGAUUCUUGAGUGCAACUACUUGCUAGAUGGAAACAUCCCAGACUUUUAUCAGUUUAACCCAGUCGCUCCAAUCAACCCGGAUAACCCCCUGUUCGUACAUCAACCAAAGUGUACAGAAAAGAUUCACUGCGUUUUGUUUGUGAUAGACGCUGCAACGAUUGGCGACAUGCCAAAGACGAUGGUCGACAAGAUGCAAUACUUCCAAAAUCUUACUAAUUUUAAAGGCAUUCCACAAGCCGUUCUGCUAACCAAAGUCGACCUGGCCUGUAAAGAUGUGGCCAGUAACAUUACCAACGUUUUCACCGGCAAGAAAAUUGAGGCUGCUGUAGACAAAGCAUCUAACCUUUUUGGGUUGCCUAGAAACCACAUACUUCCGGUGAAGAACAACGAGAUCGAGAUGGAGCUUGAUGACAACAUCAGCAUCCUGGCGUUGCUGGCCCUGCGGCAGCUGCUGUACUAUGCAGAGGAUUACCUCCAGGUUCUUCAGUUUAAGAUGAAAGCGCGCAAUGUCACCAAUGAGAAGGGGGACAAACGAGACCCAUUAGAAAAGGGCAGUGACCAAGAAUAAUAAUAGACACCGCUUUGCUUUUCGUGACUGAUGUUUUAUAAACAAAAUAAAUGUGUAUUUAUCGUGAGUUUAACUAGUUGAAACAAUAUCUAAGUUUAGGUUUUACAAUGUUUAACACUUUUUUAAUUGGUGACGGCUUUGAGAUAUUGCAUGCAAAUGGUUAAUUUUCUUUAAACGUGUGUUAUAAAUGUCUAAUAUAUAUCGUCAUAUUAACAAAGCAAAGAUUUUAUGAUACAAGUUUUAAUUCUUAACCUAAAUUAACAUGUGUGAUGUUUUUUACGUAGUGAUUGUGUAUAUAUUACAUAACAUCUCUGUCAUGUGUUGGACUGUCCCAAGAGUAUACUUAACAGUUAAUACGUACUUUUAAGUGUAGGUUUUUAAUUUGUGUACUUCCUGGAGUAUUGUGUUAGUAGGUUCUUCAUCAGUAUAACCUAGUGCCUCUGCUAACUUUUCAGAUUGAUUGGACAUUUUUUCAAUGUAAACAUCAAUCUUUCCUUUACAUUCAUUUAUUUGCUUUCUGGUAUAACUAGACUCUUCAAGUGAUAAAGCCGAUAUAUAUACAUCAAGAA